GCACUGGCACAGUAAACUCCCAGGCGUAUUGCCUUCACGUCUCUGACUAACGGGUCGAAAAGUGCAAGCUUAAUUGCAAGCUACGACUAGGGUUGGCGCCCUUCAUGACAUCUUAUAAGGCGUUCAGAACGUUAGUAUGCUUUCCACCUUGAAGAAAAUCACCGACCUGCACAAACAUUUAGGGUAUGGCCUUGACUGAAGCCCUUCCGACUACAGUGCAUUCCACGUAAACAGCUUACCUUACCGCCAAGCGUGCUCGAGCACGUAAUAUAUGACAAGUUCAAUGCACAUUACAUGUUACAUACGGAAGCCUUUCCCUGCUUAUGUACGCUGCGUUGCGCUCUGAGCCACUGAACCGGCGACGGCGACACACGAUAUUCGUUGGACAACAUUCUAGUUGGUUGCAGACGCUUUUAACCUUACUAAAAAGGAUGGGUAACUGCAUAGCCCCGUCGUCGACACCUUUGUUUGAUGCCAUUGCCGUCGGCGAUGCCAAUGCCGCCGUGGGAGUCUUGGAGGCACACCCAGCAAUGAUUAAGAACCGUCUAGGGCUUAAGCGGCGCACAGUCUACCACGCUUGCGCUGAGGAGGGCCAGCUCGCCGUGCUGGUCAGCCUUUGCGAGCAUGUCUGGCGGACCAUGCCGGAUGAGGCCGGAGACGUCCACAACCAGCCGCCGUCAGGACAAGCGCAUCCGGCCAUCUCCCAUGCCAUAAACGCCCUGGACGAGUCGGGGGUUACACCGCUGAUGGUGGCAUGCAAGCACGGACAUGUACGCAUUGUGGAGUACAUGUUGACUCAGGGCGCGGAUGCUUGGGUGGGCGAUAGGCUGAUGGGGCGGAUUGCCCUCCACCAUGCUGCCCGGGCCAACCAAGCCGAAUGCAUCCAAGCCAUCCUGUCUAGCCCGCACGUGGCGCAAACUGGCAAAGUCCGUACUACGGAGUGCAAGCUCGUGGAUUACCCCAGCGACUGUGGCUACACGCCCCUGCAUUACGCAGCUGCCUCUCGCGCCCCUGAGGCCGCAGCCGCCCUCCUAAGUCACGGCGCCGACCCCAGCGCCCGCACCUGGGACGUGGGCUUCGACUUUGUCCAGCUCGAGCCCGGCAGCACACCGCUGCACUGCGCGGCCCGCUACCAGUGCUUAGACGUUGCCAUGCUGCUGAUCAAGUAUUGGGCGGACAACCUGAGGAACCUGGACGUGACUGACCCGCGGGUCGUUGAGAACUACUCGCGUCGCAAGCCCUACCAGUUGGCGGGCGUCAAGGCUAAUCAGUCGCUGUAUCGGGUGCUGAAUCCUGCAACGCCGUACAAGUACAUUAGCGACCCAUUUGGCGAGAGCGCCAAGCCAAUCAUUGUUCCGGCAAGCAAGGCAGCACCGCUACAGCGGAUCGGCCCCAUCACAGACGAAGAUGAAUUACAGGAUGCAUCGGAUGCAAGUGCGGGCGACAACCCAGCAGCGGCUGCCGAGGCUACCAGCUCGACACCUGCCGCCGCCACCCAGGUGCCGUUCAGCCUGCCCUCGCUUCCGGACUGGUACACGGAGGCUGCGACCAAGACAUCCUCGCCGGGCACCGCCGUCGGUCUUCAGGUUCUUUCAGGGUGGGAGCCCCAGGGAUCCACGGAUUCGCCAUUGUCUGGUAACAACCGUCGAGGAAGCAGUCCGGAUUUUCAAACCGCUUACAGGUCUGUGGAGCUCGUAGACGAGGUCUCGCAGCCUCCAACAACGCCCGGCGGUCGUGUGUCCUCUAGCCCCCCUAGGAGCACCAAGCUCAAGCAUCAGAGCAGCAGCAAACACCUCACCUCUGCAUCGUCCAUCCUGCCGCCCAUCAAACUGGCGUCUUGGGGUUCCAUGGGGAGAGGACGUAGCAGCACUGUUUGCCCCAUGCCACCAACACCGCAGCCGCAGCAGUCACGGCCGCAGCAAACGCAAGCCGAGCGCGUCUGCGGCGGCGUAACGGCUAGCGUUACGACGUUUACGACCCAUGGGUCGUCUGCGCCGGCAAAAAGCCCAACAGCAGCAGCAGCAGCAGCAAUGACCGGGGCAGGUACUCGAGGCACAUCACCUGCAACUGACAAUACAUGCAGCACUUCAAGUGUAACGGCACCGGGCGGAGAUGGCGACGUCCCUAGCAGCGGAGGUGCUGGCAGUGGUGGUGGCAGUGGUGGGGGUGCAGGCGAAUCCGGUGGUUCCAGAAGCGGUAGCCCGUCGUGCAAGGAGGUACAUGCGGCCAAGGCCCGGACGCAAGACGUAAACCCUGGCCUCGCCGGCGUGUGUCCCGUAGACACGAACAAAGCAACGGAGUGGAGGAUGAGCGCGUCGGAAGCAUCCCGGAAGCUAGCGGGUAGGGGAAGCUUGGAUGCCACAAAGGAGGAGGCUGCGGCGGAGAUAAUAGCGGUUGGCGGCGGUGGCGGCGGACAUCAGAAACUACUUCCACGCAAUGGCACCAGCCCCGCGAAUGUUGGCAGCGGCGUCGGCGAUGGCAGUUGUACGGCUGCGACGAAGCCGGCUAGUACGGAUGGUGGUUUUGCUGCAGGUGGACGAGACCUAGCCAAGACCAUGUCGAGGCGACUGACUAAGAAACUCUCUUCCAUCACACGCCGUGGCGCAGUCGUGAGCAGCAGCUACGAUAAUGUGGCGGCUGCCGGAACGGGUGCCGUGGUUGUAGUUUCGAGUCGAAUGGACUGCCGGGUCAGCAGCCCUACGACAACAGCAGCCAUGUCCCCGUUGCCGAAGCCGCCGCCGCCUCCUGUGAUGUCCGCGUGGGGUGAUCAGCGUCCGCUGGGGUCAGCGGAAAGCGAGGGCAAGGGGCGUGACGAUCCCGCAAAGCUCCAUGCAGCAGAGGCCAUGGAUCUAGCCCGCGACAGCCACGCUGGGGACUGCCAACCUGUCGCUGUCAGCAUGUUUCCGCACACGCUAUCUUACCUGGAGCCCCUGACGCCUGCUGCUGCUGGUGGUGAUGGUAAUAGUGAUGAUGUAGACCCAGCAACGAAAAGUACGACGGUGGCAAACAGCAGCCCGGCUGGCCCUGGACGAUCGUUCAAACGCGGCCUAUCUCGUGGUUGGGAACACAACAACCGCAGCAGCAACAGUACGGCGGUUGAUGCCGCAGACGCCUCGCUGAGGGCCGCCAACAGCUCAGGUAUGGAUGUGGGCCCAGCAGCAGCCAUGCGGCCAGCGUCCUUCGGCGCUGAAACCAUCAUCGCCGUCAGUCGUCGAGGCCUACACCCCGCUAGCCACCACCUUUCAGAGGAUGAGAACCGCCGAGGGGAGCAGGGACUUGCCGGUUACGCGGCGUCACGUGGAGCGAGUGACCUCAGACCAACCAGGGUUCAGAGCAAGCGGCCAGAGCGAUGGGCGUGAGGCUUGUUGGGCGUUGCAGGCUCGUGGUUGCCAGACGUUAGCAGGAUGUGGGGAAUGAGAGGGGUAAAGGAGAUGAGGUGAAGAGGUGCGCCAAGUUCCACACUGGGGACCCCAGCAGUUCACGCGCAGGGAAAGGGAUGCGCGUGUUAAUGUAGGUCUCCUGGGCCGAUUUUGCCAUGGUUUGUGCGGUUGUUGGCAGGAUGGGGCUGUGGCGCCGUUGCCUGUACGAUUUAUGAUUCAUGUUGCGGCCAUAGCGGCUUUGCAUGCUGCUGGGCGACUGUCGUCCAGCAGACACACCGACGUACGUUUUACCGAACUGCAUGCAUUCAUGGAAGAUGUUGACCUUGGCUGGAAGUGCUGCCUGACGGAACGUUGCUUAUACCCAUGCACGUAUGCAUAAGGAGUGCCAUGCAUCCUUUUUGGACGGAGGGUUACUUCAGUUGGCAGUGGGAUUCUGACCUGCAGGCAGCGGCUAUCCGCUGGGCCUCCAAAGAAUCCGCAAGCGGGGCCUCCUUGCCCGCUAGCGGCUACUUAUGUAUUACAGUAUACUAACUAGUUUGGUAAUCCUUACCUGGCUUAAUUCCGUACAUUCUCGCGCAAUGGAAUUGUUUACUGCCUGUAGCAUUGCCUUUGCAUGGCUUUCUGGGUUACGGCUGUUUGCGCGUCGCUCCGUAUGACCUCCUUGUGACGCAUGCGCCUGAGGGCACGUCCGCGUGCCUAAACACCCUGAAAGCACGCUUUGACUUGACUGUUUGUGGACCGGCCAACGAGCGCAACCGCAAUUGUGUUAUUAUUGACGCUGGGCAAUGACUUAUAGCGCCCAGAAGGGCUUGUACUUUAGCCACGUCUCUGUUAGCUGCUGACAGGUGCACCGACCUCGACUUGGACGCUGCCGAUUGUUGUGGUGUGGCGAGCGCCGGUAGCUGAACCUCGGGAUGGAAACUUAAAAUAGCCUAAUGUGUGCGUCAGCAUCACUGUCAUUAUCUUGUAGGUGCUUCUGAUCGGAAGAUCGGAACGCUUACAUUUGUAAGGGGCCAUUAAAG